CGGAGGUUUCCUGUGUCCCAGCGUCUCGUAUCGCUUGUUCUGAUCCCUUACCGCCCAUCCCCUGCGCCGCUUGCGCUUCGGGCGAUUCGCGCGCUCCUGUUCCGGUCGUCCCUUUCCUCGCGUCGGUUGUUCCAGUCGGUACAUAGCAUCGUGUGUGUCCCCUUCCCCUCGCUCCCAACUAUUUAUUUCCAGCGGUGACGUUAGUAAUCGCCUGCGACUUCGGUGAGCUGAUAUUGCGGGAAAUCUCUCUACGCGUAAGCACUCGCUCGAGGCGUGAUCGUUGACGGCUGAAUAAGUGUGUUUGUGUUUAUCAGGGUCAAUUCUUCGUCAAUAUUGUGCGCAGAGAAGGCGGGGAGAAGUCCUCGAGAGGGUCGUUUGUUGCUGUGAAGUGGGAAGGUAAGCAAGGAGAGGGAAGUGGACCUCUAGGAUUUACCUGAGCUUUGAAGCGCAGGGUCAGGGCUCUGGGGGACGCGAUGGCCAAUCGUGGCGGCCGAACACAACUGCCUCCUGGAUUUGAGGAGCCUUUCCCAAGCUUUGGGUCCGCUUUCGGCAUGAUGGGAGGAAUGGGAGGAGGGCAGUCUCUUUUCGGGAGUUUCUUUCAGAAUGACCCGUUCAGUACCGACCCUUUCUUUACGAGGCCGUUCGAGCACAUGGAUUCGAUGUUUCAGCGGAUGGGAAGCAUGUUUGGUGGACCCAUGCUGAGUGGCUUUGAGCAGCAACCGCGUCAAUUCCUCCAAGAUCGGCCAGCGCAUACGGAAGGGAGGACGGGGCCAACUAUUGAAGAGAUUCCUGAUGAUGCACCUGUAGAUGAACAGGCCCAGUCGUCGUCUCGGCGUCGAUCUGGCGGAUCCCAAGAGCCUAUUGUCGAGCAUCCAGACGAUGAGGAGGAAACGCAGCAUAGGAGACGUUCGGAUCACCACCGGAACCAUGCCAGAGAUCAUCACGGGGCCAAUGAUGUGGCCUCACGGCCAGCUGGUGGUGCACAAGUGUUCAGUUUCUCAUCAGUGCAAUCUUAUUCCAGGGAUGGAUCUGGGCCAGGCAACUAUUAUUCGAAGUCGACUACCACAAGAAUGGGGCCAGAUGGGGUUGCAGACCAACAGACCCGAGAACAAGACUCCCGCAGUAAUACUGACAAGUUGAAGUAUGUGCGAGCGCUUGGUAGCAAGGCCCGAUCUGUUCUGCGAACUCGCAAGGCUGAUGGUGAGGAGGAGAGCCUUCAGACUCUUCACAACUUGGAGGAAGAGGAGGCCGCUACCUUUGAUGAUCAGUGGCAACAAAAGGCUGAGAGGGCUCUUCCUCGCUGGUAUGAUGGUUCAGGCCGCGCUCUCCCUGAUCAAUCUGGUGGCCGAUCAUCCCGAAUGGCAUUACCUGCAAAUUCCUCCGGAGGCAGGAACACGAGGGCAAGAGGUGUAAGGCAGGCAUGAAUGAAGCCCUUGUGGACGUGAAUGCUGCACAUGGACUGACAGUUUCUAUGGGGCGUAGGCUGCCUCCCAAAGGGUAACCGAGGCGUGCAAAGGUUCCCUCUGGCUGGGGACGGAAAUCAGCCAUCGAGUGUGAAGACAAAAUGGAGCUCGACUGCAAGACUGACUCGUCAAGCGGGGAUGAAAGUCGGCCUUUAGUGAUCUGUUGAGGGUGCCGAUUGGAAGGGCCGUUGCUCAACGUAUAAAAGUCUGUGAGCUGUGUGAAUGGUGUAUUGGUACAGCACUAACCCACAGGUAAACACAGAAGCGAGCAGCGUGGCCAGCUGACAUCGUGUGUGUGUAACGAAUUGAAUGCCCGUGCCAAUAGUUGUCGUCGCCUGCGUUAUCUUUGUAUGGCAUCUACACCUAUGCGCAAGGUGUCUUUGCAUGUUGCUAUUUGAUUCGAUGGGAGUCGGAUGAAGUUCUAUGUAUGUGCGAAAAUGUGUGUACGUUGGGCUAGACCUGCUGCAGAUGCUUGUGGGGAAUUACAACCGUCGACCAUGUGGCUAACGUCUGAAGACAAGUGCGUGGGUUUCCAAUUAAUUGUGGGUGGGUUAUGGAUUCACUGUGCACAUCGGAGCCUCCCUGAGCAGCAUGGAUGCCACUGAGGCCACCAUACAGCAUAUCUUGUCAAGAGUCUGAGUAAGAGUAGCCUGUCUACGUCACGGUGACUUUACUUCACGGGCGAGGACUCAAAUUACCAUAUUUUUCAAAAAGACCUUUUGUGGUUGUAUGGUGUUAUUGUAUAGUUUAAAGGGAUACAUGCAGCUGUCGUGCAUUUGCUCCCAUUGGGAAAAAGGGAACAUCACGUUUUUGAAGUUUCGGGGUGAUGGAAAGGGGCUUUAGGUUUCUCAGGGUCUCUGUGAUCAGAUUCUGAUUUUUUUUUUUUUUAAUUACUUGUUACCGUGGUUUCGUUGGGCCAUGUAUUAUUCUGUUUUUUUCGUCUUUUGAACUCCCUGCACAUGACGGCAUGAACAAGUAGGAGGGUGUGUCUGCGUUCCUGUUCUUCCCCAUCUUCAACCCCCUUCUUUUCCUUGUCUUCUUCUCCUGUCCCCCUUCUUGGAAAAAAAAAGAAAACAUGAGCCUUUGGCUUUUAAGCGCAUCAAGUAGAGUGUCUGAGGGGAAGUAGAUUAGCCAAUUUGUUUUCGGGUGCACAACUGAAAUAUGUCGAAAAAAAGGGAUUGGAGAAUUGUGGACCCGUUUCCCUUUGAGGGAACUUGUUGCUCUCUGUCGAAGAAGGUACAUGAUGUAUGAGUGGAAUUAUUUCUAAGGGGGAGAACGGGGGAUGCACGGCCUCUCGUUGUGAUGUAUGACACCCUCUGUUGGCUGCACUGGAGUGCAGUUCUCAAUUGACGGCAGUCGUUGCAGGCUGCUGUUGUGGGUAUGUACGUGUAUUCUUCUGUGUAAUUACUCCGCAGUUCGCAAGUAAAUGCAAAGCACUCGC